AACUCCAUUAAUUGAAUAAACCUAAGUGAGAAUAACUCUUUCCAAGUGUAAACUUGAGUUCUUCACUUGAAUUCUUAUGGAGAAUCUUGAUGGGAUGUUAUCCCCUUCGAUCGCUCUCCACAAUUGGAGAGCAAGAGCUUAUUUUACUGUUGCUUCUUCAGCAAAAGCAAUUCCAUUUCUUGUGCAUCUUCCUCCAACAGAGUUAAUGGCAUUGAAUCUAGCUUUACUCUCUUCUUUUCUCACUUAGGCCACAACUCUGUGUAUUAGUAUUUUAACCUCUGCAGCCGCUGCUGGAAGUCCUGUCCAGGGGAUAAUCCUAUUUGAUAUGACGAAGAAGAAUGGAGAAACUGGUGGUAAUCCUCAUUUUUACAACUGUAAUUAUGAGUCUUGAAUGCCUAGUACAAUCCGAUGCCUCUACACAUCGGUAUAAAAGUGGAGAUGAAGUCCCUCUCUAUGCAAACAAGGUCGGCCCGUUCUCUAAUCCCAGUGAAACUUAUGCUUAUUUCGAUCUUCCAUUUUGUCGACCAGAUAAUUUGGAAAAGAAGAAAGAAUCUCUGGGUGAAGUGUUGAAUGGAGAUCGCCUUACGUUUGCUCCAUAUAAGCUCGAAUUUUUAGUGGACAAAGAUGCCAAGAUUUUAUGUAAGAAAAAGUUGACAGUGGAGGAAGUUGCACAAUUCAGAACCGCUGUUGCACUGGAUUACUACGUCCAGAUUUACUAUGAUGACUUGCCAAUAUGGGCAUUCCUUGGGAAAGUCGAGAAGGAGGGAAUCGAUGACCCUAAUGAGUACAAAUAUCACAUUUAUACGUUUUCUCAGUUCGAAAUUUAUUACAACAAGGAUCGUGUUAUUGAGAUCAGCCAUCGAAUCGACCCAUCUUUUACAACUGAUGUGACAAAUGAUGAGGAAGUUGAUGUAGAAUUCCGGUACACAGUGGUGUGGAAGGCAACUGAAACCCCGUUUGAAAAGAGAAUGGACAAAUACACGAUGUCUUCUUCUCUGCCCCGUCACUUAGAAAUUCACUGGUUCUCCAUUUUAAACUCAUGUGUGACAAUUUUCAUCUUGGUGUCAUGUCUGGGAACAGUUUACUUGCGAGUCCUGAGGAGAGAUAUUUAUAAGCUUGCACAGGAUGAGGAAUUUUCUGAUAACCAAGAAGAAACUGGGUGGAAAAGCCUCCAUGGUGAUGUCUUCCGGUACCCAAAGUACAAGCAUUUGCUUUCUUCAGUGCUUGGUUGUGGAACACAGAUGUUGGCAGUCGUGAUGACCAUUCUAGGUUUAGGCGUGCUUGGUGUUUUUCAACCGUAUGAUCGAGGAGUGUUGCCCACUGCUUUGAUCAUAAUAUAUGUAAUAACUUCUGCAGUUGCUGGAUUUUCCGCUGUAUCUUUUUAUCAUCAGCUCGAAGGAAGCAACUGGCUAAGACUUUUGUUGCUGGCGGGAGGAAUAUUCUUUUGCCCCUUGUUGCUAACCUUUUUCUUCCUUAAUACUGUUGCCAUCAACUAUGGGUCUACCGCAGCACUUCCUGUGGACACAAUUGUUGUUAUACUUCUCCUUUGGGUUUUGCUAGCAUUACCUUCACUUAUGUUAGGUGGGGUUUCUGGGAAGAGAAUAAAAUCAGAGUUUCAAGCUCCUUGUCACACCACAAAGUGUCCUCGUGAGGUUCCACCACAGCCUUGCUACAGGAGUAUCGUAAUUAAAAUGGCAGUGGCAGGAGCUUUGUCUUUUGCUGUCAUCUAUGUUGAGCUAUAUUACAUACUUGCAAGUGUUUGGGGUUACAGGAUAUACACAACAUAUAGCAUUCUUUUUGUGGUAUUCAUUCUCCUUCUGAUUACAACUGCUCUUGUCUCGAUUGCUAUGACAUACUUCCAACUCGCAAGAGAAGAUCAUCAAUGGUGGUGGAGUUCUUUUCUUUGUGGUGGAUCGACUGGCUUGUACUUAUUUGGUUAUUCCUUCUACUAUUACUUUUCCCGGUCAGAUAUGAAUGGUUUCAUGCAAACCUCAUUCUUCUUUGGAUAUAUGGCUUGUGUCAGCUAUGGCGUCUUUCUCAUGCUAGGCACUGUCAGCUUUCAUGCCUCUUUGCUAUUUGUUCGUCUCCUGUAUGGCAGUAUCAAAUGUGAAUAGCCGGUUGCUUUCAUGAACAUCCUUAGCUUGUUUGGAGGAAGUAUUCAUGCCGUAUUUUUCAUUUACCUGUAAUGCUGACAGUUCAAUUUAAUGUCUUUACAUUCUGAGAUGUUGGCAAAGUUUAAGAGGCUGUUCUUAUAGGAGGAGGACACAAUGUGCCUAUAUUGUGGGAAUAAAGAGAUUUUCUUGUUUCAAGUUUAUCUCAAUGAAUGAAAAUAGUUUUUUGUGUUUUCA